CCAGGGUUAGAACAAGUGAGAUUUUUUUUUUCCCCCAUCCCAGCGGUAGGAAUCCAUUCAGGGGCAAGUUAAAUUCUGUUUACAGUGCCAAUGAUACAAAUAAAAUGCAAAGAAAUAGUUCUUAGCGCAGAAAUACACUUAGGAUUCAAUGGGCGAAGGUAAUUUUCCUGUUGUCUGUAAAUCUAGUUUGAAUACUCUCGAUCUCUUUCUUUGGUGGUUUAAGUGAUCUCGUCUAAUAUCAGAAACAAACAAUGCUUUUCACAGUUGAGAAAUUGUAUCAAAAGAUUCUAUUAUUGCACAUCACUGGAAUGUUUAUUUAUACAAUAUAUUGUUGUUAACCCCAGAACAUAAGCAUGGCCAUACUGGGUCAGACCAAAGGUCCAUAUAGCUGAGUAUCCUGUCAAUACCAGGUGCUUCAGAGGCAAUGAACAGAACGGAUGGUUGCUUUUUUUAAAAACAAAUCAGCCUUUCCUUUUGCUAAACUGACAAAUCACUCGAUGCAUAUUUAUCAAUUCAGGGGGAAAGAAAGGUUAGUGUGGUAAAUAUCUUUGAACAGAGAUCGCGUGGAGAUUUAUAGUUCAUCUAAUACCAUGUAUGUCAUGCAUGUAGACAGAAUAAUUUAGAGUCCCCUCUUCGCGCCCCCCCCAAUCGUGUGUGUGAAUUAAAUAUACAUUUUCGGAUGAAAAGAUUUAAAUGCAUUUUUUUAAAAAAUCAACUAUUAUAAUUAUCUAACACUUCGUAGAAAGGCAGGCAUUUAAAAUGCAACUAAAGCUGGUCCCUUUUUUAAUUAUAAUAAACUAGGUUUGAGAUUGACAAGAAAUGUUUAUUUCUCCUUCUAAACAUAAAGCAGGUUAAAGAGGGGAGCUCUAAAUAAUGAGGCAAGGAAAUCCAUGCACUGUCCCUUUAACUAUGGAACAUCUGAUUCCUUCAUCUGGCAGAUGGUCUUUGAGCACAGAUUUGCAUUCAUUGUCUUGAAAUCUGUUUUCGCGUUGGUGUUAUAUAGAUUUCAGGGGAAGAUCUAUGCACAGAUCAGAAUACAAAAGAGCCAUGAAGAAAAUAACGCCAAGCCAAAAAGAUUUUUUUUUUUAAAUAGGAACCACUCUCUGGUUCAUGGAUGAAAAUAACUGUGUCCUUUCAGCGGCUACAUUUUUUGCCUAGAUGCAACGCAAUAAAAAAGUUUUAAGGGAGGAUUUCAGAGCUCUGAUGUAGUGUGAAAUUGCGGGUGCAUUUUAUGGAUUGGAUAGGUGUGGAGCUCUCUCUUUCUCCUAAUCUAUCACCAACCCCGCACGCUUAUAGAGAGCACCUUCUAGUGCCCCCAAAUCCAGAUAUUUUUGGAUUAGAUCCUAUUUAGUUUUCGCUGAUAAUCUCUCUAACAGUGCUCCUAAAACAGUAGCGAUAAGACAUUCCAGAUUUUCAAAAAAAGGAUGUUUGCCUUAUUGUUUGUUUGUGACAAAACUCAUCAUCUGAUGGCAGGGACAUAUACGAUAAGGCUCCUAGACAUUUCCUCUUUUUUUUUUUUUUUUUUAAAAAAAAGAAUAAGAGGAUAAUACCCGAGCCUGAGUGGGUUCCACCUGAGGUUAACAAAUUGAAAGCGAAGUAAUUUUGGAAAGGCACUUACUCAACAAUCAGAAAAGUCUGACGACUGUUGCUUUUCUGCCCCUUCCCAUUGGCGAUUGUUGGUAGCCCGGAGCUGGAGUUAUGAGUGUAUAUCAGCUUGAUAAUUGUCCGCAAUCCUCCAAUCGGGUGAGCCUAUGCAAAUCGAGUCCCCUAAUAUGGAAAUGUGCCCCGCCCCCUUGCUAGUCGGUUUUCUCCCAGUGCUGUAACCCAUUGAUGGGGACUAGCUUGGGGAAGCAUCCUGGCUUCCGCAGUCCGCUGUGAAAUCAGACUCUGUCGCUCCAUUUCUCCCUUUCUUUCACGAUUUAUCGCGAUUCUUUUUUUGGAUUAGACAGCAAUCCGUCCUCUUCCCCGUGGCCUUGAGAAACAGGUGAUCCUGGUUCACAGCGGUCAGGGUUUGGAUGCUGUUUCCGGCGUUUGCAGGAUGAUGGGACCGGGCGAGCCUGAAUGAGAGCAUAACUUUACUUUGCAAGAGGGAAAACUUUUUGUUGUUGUUGUUUUUUGGGAAAGGCAUUUUCAGCAGCUCACGUAGCCUUUAGAAGCAGAAGAAGUUGGUUUUAAAGCUGAACUUCAGUGGUUUUGGGAUCUCUGCGGGUGUGGGUGUCAAUUUCAAAGGCUGCUUUUUUGUUGUUUUUUGUUGUUGUUUUUUUUUUUAAAAAGAAACUGUUGCCGGUUGGAAUAGACUUCUUAAAUGUUUGGGAUUCAAGAUACUUUAGGAAGAGGACCCAUUCUUAAAGAGAAAUCUCUCGCGUCUGAAAUGGAUCCAGUCAGGUCCUGGGUCAGAAAUGUUGGGGUUGUGGAUGCAAACGUAGCUGCACAAAGCGGCGUAGCUUUGUCCAGAGCCCACUUUGAAAAGCAGCCACCUUCCAACUUGAGGAAAUCCAAUUUCUUUCAUUUUGUCCUGGCUCUCUACGACAGGCAGGGGCAGCCGGUGGAAAUAGAGAGGACCGCCUUUGUGGACUUCGUAGAAAAUGAUAAAGAACAAGGCAAUGAAAAGACCAAUAACGGCACACACUACAAACUUCAACUCCUUUACAGCAAUGGUGUCAGAACUGAACAGGAUCUGUUUGUUAGGCUCAUCGAUUCAGUCACUAAACAGCCCAUCACUUAUGAAGGACAGAACAAGAAUCCAGAGAUGUGCAGAGUUCUGCUUACUCACGAAGUCAUGUGCAGCCGGUGCUGUGAAAAGAAAAGUUGUGGCAACAGAAACGAGACUCUCGAUCCUGUGAUCAUCGACAGAUUCUUCUUGAAAUUUUUCCUCAAGUGCAAUCAGAAUUGUUUGAAAACAGCAGGGAACCCCAGAGACAUGAGACGUUUCCAGGUUGUGUUAUCAACAACAGUGAAUGUUGAUGGACAUGUAUUGGCAGUGUCUGACAACAUGUUUGUUCAUAACAACUCUAAACAUGGACGGAGAGCGAGGAGACUUGACCCCUCAGAAGCCACACCAUGCAUCAAAGCUAUUAGCCCAAGUGAAGGCUGGACUACAGGGGGCGCAAUGGUGAUCAUUAUAGGAGACAAUUUCUUCGAUGGGCUACAAGUUGUAUUUGGGACCAUGCUUGUAUGGAGUGAGCUCAUCACACCUCACGCUAUUCGAGUCCAGACCCCCCCUCGUCACAUUCCUGGUGUAGUUGAAGUCACACUGUCGUAUAAAUCCAAACAGUUCUGCAAAGGAGCCCCGGGCAGGUUUAUUUACACCGCUUUAAAUGAACCCACCAUCGAUUAUGGUUUCCAGAGACUGCAAAAGGUCAUCCCGAGGCAUCCCGGUGACCCAGAGAGACUAGCCAAGGAGAUGCUGUUGAAAAGAGCUGCUGACCUAGUUGAAGCACUAUAUGGAACACCACAUAAUAACCAGGAUAUUAUUCUGAAGCGAGCUGCGGACAUAGCAGAAGCAUUGUAUAGUGUCCCAAGGAAUCCCGGCCAGAUCCCUGCUUUGUCUAGUUCUCCAGCUCAUAGCAGCAUGAUGGGAAUCAACUCCUAUGGGAGCCAGUUAGGAGUCAGCAUCUCCGAGUCGACACAGGGGAACAACCAAGGUUACAUUCGUAAUACAAGCAGCAUCUCCCCUCGAGGUUACUCUUCCAGUUCAACACCUCAGCAGUCUAAUUAUAGCACCUCCAGUAAUAGCAUGAACGGCUACAGCAAUGUCCCGAUGUCUAACCUGGGAGUUCCCAGCUCACCUGGAUUCAUUAAUGGCUCUCCAACAGGAUCUCCCUAUGGAAUAAUGUCUUCAAGUCCAACAGUUGGCUCUUCCAGCGCUUCUUCCAUUCUUCCAUUCUCCUCCUCAGUCUUUCCUGCUGUCAAACAGAAGAGUGCCUUUGCCCCUGUCAUCAGACCCCAAGGAUCUCCCUCCCCUGCCUGCUCUAGUGGCAAUGGAAAUGGGUUUAGAGCCAUGACUGGUCUUGUCGUUCCCCCGAUGUAAAAGAAGAGGACUUUUUCCUUUUUUUUUUUUUGUUUCUCAUUUUUCUUUUACAGCACAAAACUACUUAUUGUGAUGGACCACUAAAAAAAAAAAAAAAAAAAAAAAAGCACUACAAGCUCUUUUUUGGGGGAAAGCCACGCCCGGAAAAAAUAAAAGGAACAA